AUGGAUAAUAGUAGCGGAGGAACAAAAUUAAAUGAAGAUAUUGAUAUAUUUUCAACAUUUACAUCUGCAGCAAAUCAUUUAGCAUUAUUAUAUAAACAAUCAAUUAAUAUAAAGAAACAAUCCUAUCUCAAAGGAUAUAACGACUCUUUGGAAAAUAUAUUAGAUUUCAUAAAAACAAAUAAUAUAGAUUCAAUAUCUUUACUCUUAAAUUAUAUAAAUAAAGAAAAAGAAAAUUUAAAAGAGACAAACAUUAGCGAUCAUAAUAAUAAUAAUAAUAAUAAUUCAUCAAAUACUAAAAAUACUAAAAAUAUCAAUAACAACAAUAACAACAACAAUAGCGAUAAUAAUAAAAAUAAUAUUAACAAUAGCGGAAUAAAUAAAAUAGAUAAUAAAUUAGAAAAAACAAAGAUUUUAUUAAAAAAAGAUAUAAUUGUAAAAAAUCCAUUUGAAAAACAAAAUUUAAAUAUUCAACAAAAUAGUGUAAACCCAUUCACAACUUCUCUUCAUCAAACUCAAAAUAAUAAUAAUAAUAAUGGCGAACAACAACAACAACAACAACAACAACAACAACAACAACAACAACAACAACAACAACAACAACAACAACAACAACAACAACAACAACAAGUACAACAACAAUUAAUAAACAAUAAAAAGAGAUUAUUACCCAAACUUUAUUACCUUAAUGGACAGAAUCAUAAUAACAUAAAUGUAUAUAACACAAUCAAUAGCGCACAACAACAAAAUAAUAAUACUGUAAAUGAAAUAGUUUUUGAACAAAAUGAACAUCACCAAAUGCAAGAUCAACCCCUUGAUCAGCAUCAACAACAACAACAACAACAACAACAACAACAACAACAACAACAACAACAACAACAACAACAACCGCAACAACAAUUAUUAAAUCAACAUAUACAAGAACAAGAACAUCAUCAAUCACAAAUUUAUCAUAGUUUUAAUAGAUUUAACCAAAAUACAACAAAUAUAUCAUUUUCAAAUAUUAUACCACAACCAGAUCUUGGUCAAGAUUUCAUUGGGAACAAUCAAUUGUUUAAAAAAUAUAAACAAUCUUCGGCAAUAUCGGAUCAAUUUAUGGAUCCAAAUUAA